UGUUAUUAUUUUCUUCCCUUUCUAACGUGUGCUGCUUUGGCUAAUAAUUUGGAGUUUCUGUAUUACUGUAUUUAAAGUAUUCUCUAUUUUAAAAUAUCAAAUCUUUUUGAGUCCUUUCUAACUCGUGUUUUUCUAGCUGUUUUCUCGUUGCUAAUGCUUUUAUAUAGAAUAAUCAGCUGCACUUUCAUCAUACAGUCCAAAUCGCCUUGCCGGCUCCUAGCACUUUACCCCACUCUGGUUCCACUAUUCAUGUUUGCACAAGUCAGCCCCUCCCACGUAAUCCUAAACAGCCCCACUCCCCUGUCUAACUGAUAUCCUAUGUAUUUUAUCUUAAAGUUUUAAAAUUGUUUGGUUCUUGCUAUGUAUUUAAAUUUUGUAACUUCUACUGUUUUUGUGCAUAUGUCAACUGUUGAUUUUAGGGCUUUGUCCCCAUGUAAGCCGCCCCGAGUCCCCUUGGGGAGAUGGAGGCGGAAUAUAAGAAAUAAAUUAUUAUUAUUAUUUGUAAUCAUCUUCCCUUCAUAGCAGUAGCCAAGGCCUCGGCAGUUGAGCGAUACCACCUUCAUCGAUCCACCAUUUCACUUGCAUUCUUCUGUUUCUUUGUUUAUUUUAUGUAUUUAUUUCCAUCAUUUCUAUCCCGCCCUUCUCACCCGAAGGGACUCAGGGCGGCUUACAAAAUUGGCAGAAUUUGAUGCCAAUACACAACAAUACAAAAGAAUAAAAACAUAAGCAGUUAAAUUCAGAUUUAAAACAAUACAAAAUACUUGAGCCAUUCAUCCACAGAACCUUGUACAUAAACCUUAGUCCAGACCGAGUCGAAGCCGACAAAACUUAUUAUUUGAACACUUUGUUCAACACUUUGUUGGUCCCUUUAAAGUAUAACACCACAUUGUACCACACUUCCCCUCCCCCAAUACUACUACUACUACUACUACUACUAAUAAUAAUAAUAAUAAUAAUAACUACUACUACUACAUUAUUUUUGUAUCCCACCACCAUCUCCCUGAAGGGACGCAGGGCACCUUACAUGGGGACCAAGCCCAAUCAGACAAAGUUCAAAAUAUAACACAAUAAAAUACAUAUACCAACAUCAUAAAGGACAUAAUUAAAAACAUAAUUCAUCAUACAACAACCAAUAUUUAGCCGAGCGUGAUGGACGUUUCCGAGCUAGGGACAAGGGAAAGGCCUGUGCAAUACAGCUGCGAGGGGAGGGCUGGUGGCAAAGUGCGAGAGGCAGAUGAUAAGUUAAGGCUGGAAGGGCCAGUCAGAUUAGUACAAAGCCCAGCACUAAAGUACACAGAAAUCUAAAAUACGUGUAAAGAUACAGUUGUCCUAUUACUAACUAAUAUACAGAAUAAAACAAUGGUAACAGACAAAUUAUAAUCCUUACAGGCGCAUGAAAUGCAUGGUCAAAGUAAGAAACAACUGUAUAUUGUGGUCACACUUUAGAUACAUUUAUCAUAGUCCCAUGUAAGUUAAUGUUUUGGAGAUGCGCAGGAGGAAUGUAAACCAUAAAGGAAUGUAGAACAACAAGGAUUCCUGGGUAUUUUGUGACUCUUGUUUCUGGAUCAAAAUCCCUUCUUCAGGUAGCUUCUGAAGGUUCUUUCAUGUGUUUGUAGUAGAUUUUUCUGCAGCUUUUGUAAACUAUAUUUAAAAAAGACAACAUAAUAGAUUUGCUGUUGCCAGCACCCAGUAACAUUAAACAAUUUCGCGUUGGUUUAACACUCAUUUAAACAAAGAAAAACACUUACUUCCACUAAGGAGUUUGUGGCUCUGCUGUAGCACUUCAGUUGUGGAUAAUGAUCCUACUGCCUUCCAUUUGUGAGCAAUUAGCUCAUGGAGGUAGCUCCCUUUUUAAGGAUGGCUAGCUACUUGGAGCACUCAUUAAGAGUAAUUACAAAAAACAAGAGAGAUCUAAUUUAUCAUUUAAGCCAUGUGGAUGGACUGUAUGUAAUUUAAAUAUCCAAAAGGCUUCCCUCUGUAGUAAAAUCCUUUUUAUGUCCCCAUGGGGUUUUAUGGUGAUCCUUUCUAGAGCACAGAAUCUAAAGCUUGUAUAGGAAUGCGAUUUCUCUAAAAAAUGUAAAUAAAGAAUGGAAUCUGAUGCUUUAUUCUUGAUACGUGAGCGAUGUUCUAAUAUUCUGGUUUUUAGAGAUCUAGAAGUCAUGCCCACAUAUAAGAGCCCACAAGGACACUCUAUAACAUAUAUGACCUGGUCAGUGUUACAUGUAGUGAAACUUUGUAGUUGUAUAUUGAAUUUUAAAGUAGGAUGUAUAUAUUGUUUGAUUCUAAGAGACAACAAACAACACAAUGUCCACAGUUUGUGUGGCCUCUAAGGUUGGAUUUCUUCAAAAUGUUGGGUUUUGUUAAAUCAGAGUUUAUAAGUAUGUCCUUAAGAUUUCUUGAGCGUUUGUUGGCUAAUACCCUGUUUCCCCGAAAAUAAGACAUCCCCAAAAAAUAAGACCUAGUAGAGGUUUUGCUGAAUUGCUAAAUAUAAGGCCUCCCCUGAAAGUAAGACCUAGCAAAGCUUUUGUUUGGAAGCAUGCCCGGUGCCCGCCAAACAAAACACCAUAGCAUGCAGAAUUGGUAAAUAUACAUACCAGUUGUAUAUGGAAAUAAUGGUAGUAACAAGAAAUUCUUGAAGGAGUCACAGUUUGUCUGGUUUAGUUAUGUUGGUUUGUGAUGACAAGUACUGUACAGUAUGGAAUAAAUGUUCAUUUUUUUGUUCAACAAUAAAUGUGGAUUCUUCUUCGUGGAAAAAUAAGACAUCCCCUGAAAAUAAGACCUAGCACAUCUUUGGGAGUAAAAAAUAAUGUAAGACACUGUCUUAUUUUCGGGGAAACACGGUAGUGGUAAGUUUUGGCAUCCAGGGAUAUCUCUAAUUAGGUGCCAAUGUUUUCUAAUAAUUUUGUGGAUUUUUGGAGAGAAUUGUGUUAAAGUUAAUGGCCAAAUGAUGCGAUCAUUGUUUUGUUUUGUCUGUUCCUUUAGUAAGUUACUCCUGUCUAUAGAUUCUGCCUUCCUAAUAGCUGGUUUUAUGAUUCUUAUAGGAUAACCUCUCUCCUUAAACUGUUUCUUAAAGAUAGACACUUCUGUAGCAAGAUCCUCAGGGGAACUAGUGUUACGUUUCAAUCUUAUUAAUUGUGCAAAAGGUAAGUUGGUUUUUAAUUUAUGGUGGUGGAAUCUGGAGUAGUGCAUUAUGGAAUUUUUAUCUGUUGGCUUUCUAUAGUUUUUGACCAUCAAUCUCUUGCCAUUUUUGUAUACUGUGACAUCCAAGAAAAUAACAUGGUUAAAUACAAUACAUGACAGUAUAACAUUCACCAGUACCUAUAGCCAUACAAGCAUUAAUUUCUCUCCUCCGCCUCUUUGGUUGGGCCGGGGCCACGCGGGUGGCGAGGGCCAGGAGCUUCCUUGAGGAAACAAGGCUGCAGUGGAGGGAGGGCAAGCUCAUGCUUUUCUGCCGUCGGAUGCGCUGAGGAAGAAGUGCCCGGCUCCUCCUUGUCGUCAGUCUCAGCACAUCCGCUGGUAGUGAAGAAUGAGGACCUCUUAGCCCUCCCUCAAGUGUGACCUUGUUACCUCAGGGAAGGGCUUUGAAUUAGCCAGUUGGGAAUGCAGGUCCUUGUUAGUUUGGAAGAUUCAUUUGGGAAAUGUGGCCAGAGUAACCCUUUGAGAUGCUGAGGAAGCAGAGGUGGGAGUCCUUGUGGCAGGGGAGAUAACGGCACAAUCAAUAAAGAAAUCCUUGUUCCUUUCAGCAUUUAGCACAAUGCUGGUAAUUCACGGAAACCCAUGAUCCAGAAUAUGUUACACCCUUGAAUGUUGGGAGGAAUUCUGCCAGCCAGCCUGCCUUGUGUUCCUUUAACCACGUUUGGGUCUGACCCAAUGAAAUGGGUGUGGCCCUCCAAUAUUGGAAAAGGGUUCAGUUCCCUCCUUCCGUGAUUCCUUCCUUCUCUUAUCCUCUCCUUCUGUGUUUCCUCCCUUGCAUCUUUCCUUUCUUCUUUCCUUUUUCGCUUUGUUUGCCUUGAGCCAGAGGUAUGCGGCUUCAUGUCUAACCUUUUGCUUCUUCUUUCUUGACCAGGACAUGAGAGUUCUCUGGAGCCACCCCUGCCGUGAUGGGAAACGAACCAGCUUCUAGUUGAUAUUAAGGCAUUUGGAAACCAAAGUGCAGAAAGGAAACCAGUCCUCUAGGAAAAAGGAUUCCUCUCAAGGGGCUGAUCCUGCAGAAUUCCUAUAUUCACUUUGGAUUAUAGAGUAGAACCAUAGAAGAGACUGCAUGAGGCCCCUAGUCCAGGCUCCUGUCGUGCAGGAAAAGUACCCCUGACAGAUGAGCAUCUAGCCUCUGUUUAAAAGAUCCCAAAGGAGCCUCCACUACAUUUUGAGGCAGAGAGUUCCACUGCUGAAAAGCUCUUACAGUCAGGAAGUUCUUAAUGUUCAGAAGGAGUCUCCUUUCCUAUAAUUUGAACCCACUGUUGUGAGUAAUCAGAAAGGGAAAAACAAGAAUCAAGUGUCAAUAUUGCAAUUAAAUGUACAUAACUUUUGACAUGGAGGAGAAAGCAUAUAAAUGUAUUGAAUGUGGAAAGAGCUUUAGUCAGCGUGGAAAGCUGAAGAGACAUCAAAGGACUCACACUGGAGAGAAACCCUAUAACUGCCUGGAGUGUGGACAGAGCUUCACUCAGAAGGGACACUUACAUUCACAUCAAAGGACUCACACUGGGGAGAAACCCUAUAACUGCCUGGAGUGUGGACAGAGCUUCAGUCAGAGUUCAACUCUACAUUCACAUCAAAGGACUCACACUGGGGAGAAACCCUAUAACUGCCUGGAGUGUGGAAAAAGCUUUGCUCAUAAUUCAACCCUCCAUGCACAUCAAAGGACUCACACUGGAGAGAAACCCUAUAUAUGUCUGGAGUGUGGACAGAGCUUCACUCAUAGUUCAAGUCUACAUUCACAUCAAAGGACUCACACUGGGGAGAAACCCUAUAACUGCCUGGAGUGUGGACAGAGCUUUGCUCGUAGUUCAGGACUACGUUCACAUCAAAGGACUCACACUGGGGGGAAACCCUAUAACUGCCUGGAGUGUGAACAGAGCUUUGCUUGUAGUUCAGGACUACGUUCACAUCAAAGGACUCACACUGGGGAGAAACCCUAUAACUGCCUGGAGUGUGGACAAAGCUUCACUCAAAGUUCAAACCUGCGUAGACAUCAAAGGACUCACACUGGGGAGAAACCCUAUAACUGCCUGGAGUGUGGACAGAGCUUCACUCAUAGAUCAGGCCUACGUAGACAUCAAAGGACUCACACUGGAGAGAAACCCUAUAACUGCCUGGAGUGUGGACAGAGCUUCACUCAUAGUUCAGAUCUACGUAAACAUCAAAGGACUCACACUGGGGAGAAACCCUAUACAUGCCGGGAGUGUGGACAGAGCUUCGCUGAUAGUUCAACUCUACGUAAACAUCAAAGGACUCACACUGGGGAGAAACCCUAUAAAUGCCUGGAAUGUGGACAGAGCUUUGCUCAGAGUUCAGGUCUACGUAAACAUCAAAGGACUCACACUGGGGAGAAACCCUAUAAAUGUCUGGAGUGUGGACACAGCUUCGCUGAUAGUUCAACUCUACGUAAACAUCAAAGGACUCACAUUGGGGAGAAACCAUAGAAAUGCAUGGAGUGUGGACAGAGUUUUUCACAGAAUAAGAUUAUACAUAGACAUCAUAGAAUUCACCCUGGAGAGAAUGGUUUUAAUUGACACCAGAGUGUCAUUCUAACAUGUACAAAGCAACUCUUGCAAAUUUUGGAACUGCAAGCUCAAAGUUGGGACAUUUCAUCACAUGUGGUGUAUUGUAGAAAGAUUGAACAAAAAAUACAGUGUUCCCUCACUUAUCCCGGGGUUUGGGUUCCAGGACCACCCACAAUAAGUGAAAAUCCGCGAAGUAGGGAUGCUAUAUAUUUAUACAUUAUUUUAGUAGUUAUACACUAUUUUAAGUCUUUAUCAAGAAAUCAUGUGUUGAUCAAUCGCCUCCUUCUCCUCUUGUUGCCGCUUGGGCUCCUUUUCUCUCCCUUCGGCUUCUCCUUCCUCCCUUCCUUAGGCUGUAAAUUGUUAUUUUUUAUGAUUUAUAAUAGUAUUUUAGAGUUUAUUGAAAAACUGCAAAACAGCGAAUCCGUAAAGAGCGAAGUAGUGAGGGAACUCUGUAUGUUCCAUUCUGGAAGUAAUUAUAUUAUCUAAAGGGAGUAGAAUAAUGAGAGAUAAAAAUUAACAGAUAGAAUGAGGCCUUUGGGCACGUAUCCCUGUCUGUUUGUUAGUUCAGUUGUCUAUGAAGGUAACUGUUUCGCAGGUCUGUUUGUUUCUGAUUUAGUUUUGUGUCUCAUGUAGUAGUUAGUUUCAUGUGUAGUUGAAGCAUUAUAUCUAAUUUCUGCCUUUUUGUAUUGUUGCUUUCAAUCUCUCUUUUUUUUGCCACAAAGAGGGGGAUUUAUAAGGGACAAAACUGCUGAAACUGUCAACUUGUUUUGUUCUGAACCCAAAGGUUUCCUGUUCUUUGGAUGCCGAGUGUUCAGGGAAGAGUGAGGUCUGUGAGAUCAGUGAGUAGAAAACAUGACACAAUUUAGAUAAUGGUUUGUGACACAACAACAACCCUUGUAGUAGUCCAUGGGAUAUUCUGUAUGCCUUCUUUAAUGUCAAGUAAGAUAUUGUGCUCAGAUACAAAGAUUUAUAAAGGAAACACCACAAUGGAUAUAAAACAGUGGGAAGCGCGGGAAGCAGAUUAUGUGUGCCCACCACACCUCACACAGAUAGGACCACGUGUGCUAUAAACAUGGAAGAUGUGAUACAUUCACACAAGAUACAGGAAUGGGAUGUCUUUGUGUUACUACUGUUCAGCUAAUGUUAUGGUCUGAUGGAAAUAUAAUAGAACCCGAUAAACAAACAUUCGGUUGAAAUGUAAAUGUAACAUAACUUUUGUUCAAGAUGAUGAAACUGGGAAUUUGGUGUACGUGAUGGAGGAUGGAGACAGUGAAAUAGACUUGAAGUUUAAAAAGUUAUCCACAAAUAUAAGGAAUUAAUUGGGAAAAAUUAAAUAUACUAGUAAAAACGAAUCAGCAGGUGAAGAAACAUUUGGAGAGUUAUGAGGAAAGAAGUAAGAAAGGUUUUGUUAGGAUCCAAGAGGUUGAUGGAGAACGUCAGAGCGUGGCCGCAGAAGGAAGCAGCCCGACAGAACGUCACUGGUGGGAUAAAAUCAACGGAUAUUCAUCCAAAGCGGCAGCAGCAUGUUUACAUCUAUUGAUGCACCCAAUGAGGGCUACAAGGAGUGACUGAUCGAUUUUCUGUAUUUGAAAACAAAUUGCAAUACUUAGAAACGCAAUUGUGAACUGUGGUGUAUGUUGACUCUAUUGAGAGGGUUGAUGGGCCAAAGGGCCUGCAUUUCUAUUCUAUUUCUAUUCUAUUUCUGAUUGCUUUUAAUUAUGCAUUAUUAAGGUGUCUGCUUCAACUUAUUCUAUUAAAGAUGCAACCUGCCUUCUUCCAGAGGAGAGGCAAGUGUCCGUA